AUAGAGAGCGAGCCCUUGUUCACUUAUACACUGGAUGAAAAGGUGGACGAGUUGGUGCGGUUUCUUCUCCUCAAAUAUCGAGCGAAGCAGCCUGUCACAAAGGCAGAGAUGGUGACGAAUGUCAUCGACAGGUACAGGGGCUACUUUCCUAUGAUCUUCAGGAAAGCCCGUGAGUUCAUAGAGAUUCUUUUUGGCAUUUCCCUGAGAGAGGUGGACCCUGAGGACUCCUACGUCUUUGUAAACACAUUAGAGCUCAGCUGUGAGGGGAGUGUGAGUGAUGAGCAGGGCGUGCCCCAGAACCACCUCUUGUUUCUUGUUCUGAGUAUCAUCUUCAUGAAGGGCACCUGUGCCUCUGAGGAGGUCAUCUGGGAUGUGCUGAGUGGAAUAGGGGUGCGUGCUGGGAGGGAGCACUUUAUCUUUGGGGAGCCCAGGGAGCUCCUCACUAAAGUUUGGGUGCAGGAACAUUACCUAGAGUACCGGGAGGUGCCCAACACUGCUCCUCCUCGUUACGAAUUCCUGUGGGGUCCAAGAGCUCAUUCAGAAAUCAGUAAGAGGAAAGUAGUGGAGUUUUUGGCCAUGCUCAACAAUACCGUCCCUAUUUCCUUUCCACCCUCGUACAAGCAGGCUUUGAAAGAUGUGGAAGAGAGAGCCCAGGCCAUAAUUGACACCACAGAUGACUCCACUGCCACAGACAGUGCAAGCUCCAGUGUUGUGUCCCCCAGCUUCUCUUCUGAGUGAAGUCUGGGGUAGAUUCUUCCCUCUGAGUUUGAAGAGGGCGGUCGAGUUUCCACGUGGUGGAGGGCCCGGCUGAGGCUGGAGAGAACACAGUGCUGUUUGCACUUCUGUUCCAUAUGGGUGGUUAAGGGAUUUACCUGUUUUCCUUUUGGGUAUUUUUCAAAUGCUUUUCCUAUUAAUAACAGGUUUAAAUAGCUUCAGAAUCUUAGUUUACGAAUAUUAGUCACAGAUGUAUUGUUAUUUAUCUGGUUUAAGAGUAACAGUUUGAUAUUUUGUAAAAACAAAAACACACACAAACACACCACAUUGGGAAAACCUGCCUCAUUUUGUGAUGUGUCACAGGUGAAUGUGGUAUUGCUGUAGGAAUUUUCUUGAAACUGUGAAGGAACUCUGCACUUAAAUAGUGGAACAAAGUAAAGGAUUGUUAAUAUUUGCUUUACGCAGGCCCUUUAGUUUGUUGUUCUUGAAACUAAAGAUACAUACCUGGUUUGCUUGCCUUAUGUAAGAAAGUAGCAAAAAGUAAAUUGUAAUAAAUAAAAA